CCCACCUUCUCUCUCCUCCUCCUUCCCCGCUCCUUCCACUCCCUCCGCCUCGGCUGGCUCUCCCCUCGGGGUUCUGGGCUCUCAGUGAACCCCGGGUAUCACGGAGGGGAGCCCAAGCGCUCCCGGACCGCCUACACCCGGCAGCAGGUGCUGGAGCUGGAGAAGGAGUUCCACUUUAACCGCUACCUGACCCGGCGCCGCCGCAUCGAGAUCGCCCACGCGCUCUGCCUCACCGAGCGGCAGGUCAAGAUCUGGUUUCAGAACCGGAGGAUGAAGUGGAAGAAAGACCACAAACUGCCCAACACUAAGAUGCGGUCCUCCAACUCGGCCUCGGCCUCCUCCUCCGCAGGCCCGCCGGGGAAAGCACAGACUCAGAGCCCCCACCCAAACCCGCACCCCCACUCCCACCCCCACCCCCACCAGGGUGCCUCCACGCCCAUCCCCUCCUCCAUAUAAUCUCCUGGAGAUCUAGACCCGGUUCUUUCCCUCCUCUGCGUUUCUCCUCUCUUCUGCCCCUUUCCCCAUCCACCCCUCCCCGUACGUCCAUCUGUCGGGACCACAACAGACCCCAAAACAAAACCCAACUUGAUGAAAAGUGUAAUAAAAAGAAGAGGACAUUCUCCUGGUAAGAGUGUGUGCUGGUUGCCACCCAAGAGAGGCCAGUGGCCAGGAUGCUGGCUGGUGGAGCAACCUGCCGGCCUAAGGAAGGCUGCCAGGGUUGAGUACCUGAGAAGGACCACUUGGCAUCACAUACUUUUGAGACGGCGGAAGGACCUGUGUAUGUAUAUUUGUUGCAAACAGAAGAAAACAGACCCUUUCCUACCUUCCUUGUCUCCCCUCCCUCAUUAAGGCAGCUCAUACAAGCUUGUCUUGAACUGAAUACUACAUGAGUAGACAUUGUGGACCUCACAGGAUUAUUUAAUUCUCCAAAUGUAUAGACCUCGAUGGUAGAUGUGACACAAUAGUUUCCCUUCCUUGCAUUUAUUUAAAAUAUUGUUGUAGAGAUAUUGUUGUCUUAUUCUGAGGCACAAUCUUCGGGGAGAGGGGUGUGCAUUUAGACCCAUGUCCAACUGUACACAUCGUGGUAUGGCUAUAUAGAAAGCCUUGCUGAGAAUAAACUCUGUUUCAAAAAACAUUAAAGUUCUAAAACACA